CCAGGCACUUGGGGGUGGGGGUGGGGGUAGAAAAGUAGGAGCAGAGAGCUGUGAAUAGGGCAUCUGUCUGUGCCCCUUCUGUCCCUGGCAGAAUUCUGCACAGUCCUGACCUCUGUGUCCAGCCCCUGGCACUGGGCAGUGCCCAGCAGGCCAGCUGGCACCCAGCAUUGCUUUAAAUGAUCUCAUGGAGAAGAGGGUGGGAACUAGCGCCCUGGUUGUGUACAGGGUGUGACAGGGUUAGUGACCCUGAAGCUGACUUACCUCUCAGUCCUUAAUCCAGACAGAGCCCAACCUUGGCUGGGGUCAGGUGCUCCACUCUCUCUGCCCAGGGAGUCUGGACAUGGGGGCAGGGUUGGGGGGGGGGGUCAGGUUCCUGUUUGACCCCUGCAGCUGUUGCAGUGACUCAUGUCCCAGUGUCCCAACCUGGUCAUUAGGCCUAAAGAAACACUUUCUCCUUGGGACAAAGGGAGGGGCUGGCACAGAGGAGUCUGGGGGCCUAUACAGGAGCUGCAGGGAUCUGACUUAGAGGGACUUCCCCUGCAGGAAGAUCAUGGAGCAGGCCCCACAAAAUCCAUCUUCCAUUUGGUGGCUAGGAGAGGUCUCCCAUCCAAGUACUAGCCAGGUCUGACCCUGCUUAGCUUAUGAGAUCGGGUGUGUUCAGGGUGGUAUGGCCAUACACAGGAGAGAAAAAUCUAGGCAUCUUUACAGCCAAGCGGAUCUGUAGGCCUGGUUCCCCCAGAACAGGAUGGAUUGUGAACUGGGAGAAGAGGUCAGAGACCCAGGACCAGAGGGACUCCAAAGACCUUGGCUCCACAGCUAGGAUGUGUACUGACCAGUCCCUUCAGCGUUCGUGCCCCUCGACGCAGGCGCUUAGAAAAUCCAGAGCGUUCCCCCCAGCAGCCCCUGGUGAGUGACUGGGAGCCCACGGGGUGGCCUAGCUCUAAAGUGCAUUAGCCCUGAACACCUCACUUGAGGCCUCCCCUAUCACACUGCCAUCAGAUCAGACAGGAGGGACCGGAGGCCUGUUCUGGGGCCCCAGGGCAGCUGUUCUGAGGCCAGAACAGACUGUCCUUUCUAGAGCAGGGUUAGAGGACAGGGGUGGGAUAGGAAAGGAGGAAACAGACCUGGAGGAUAGAGGGGCGGAGAAGAGUUGGCCUGCCCUUACUAGGGAAAGUGGGUGGACAUUGGAAAGGGUCCAGGAGGAAGGGGAGCAUAGUGGGACUGGGUCCUUGGAGGAAGGGACCUGAGGAAAGGGAUAACUUGAGUUAUGGCAGAAGAGGAGCAUUGGGGUGUUGAACAAAAGAGCAACGGGAGAAAGCUGAACUGGGGUGGGGGGUUUAGGAACUGGGGAUAAGAAGCUGGGGUGACAGCUGGAACAGGGCCUGCCAGGUGAGGAAGAGCUGCAGGAGCGAGCAGGGGCGGGGCCUGAUGUUCCAGCGGCCACCCCCGCCCCAACACCCCUUGCAAGCGGGUGGACACUAACGGAGAUGGAUGGGGUGGGGAGACGCUGCAGCGCAGCCGCCCUGGGCAGCACAUCGCUCACCACCCCCGCAGGAGGGGCAUCCGGGCGGGGGUCUGGGUGCAGAUAAAGGGGCCUCCAGGAGACUGAGGGACACGAAGCUCAGCAGCAGCAUGAGCGGGGCAGACCAGAAGGACACUGCAGACAUGGCCAGUCACUUGAACCCCAGCCUGGAGCCAGUGGCCUUGGCCUAUCAGCGCUUUGAACCCCAGGCCUACCUCCGCAACAACUAUAGCCCGCCACGGGGCGACCUGAGCCGCUUGGACGGGGUUGGGCCUUGGAAGCUUCGCUGCCUGGCACAGACCUUCGCCACAGGUGAAGUGUCAGGACGCACUCUCAUUGAUAUUGGGUCAGGCCCCACCAUCUACCAGCUGCUCAGCGCCUGUGCCCAUUUCGAGGACAUCACCAUGACAGAUUUCCUGGCGGUGAACCGCCAGGAGCUGGGGCUCUGGCUGCGGGAAGAGCCAGGGGCCUUUGACUGGAGCGCCUACAGCCAGCAUGUCUGCCUCAUCGAGGGCAAGGGUGAGUCCUGGCAGGAGAAGGAACGCCAGCUUCGAGCCAGGGUCAAGCGGGUUGUGCCCAUCGACGUGCAUCAGCCCCAGCCCCUGGGCACAGGGAGCCUGGUGCCCCUGCCUGCUGAUGCCCUGGUCUCUGCCUUCUGCCUGGAGUCUGUGAGUCCCGACCUGGCCAGCUUCCAGAGGGCCCUAGACCACAUCACCACGCUGCUGAGGCCGGGGGGUCACCUCCUGCUCAUCGGGGGCUUGGAGGAAUCCUGGUACCUGGCCGGGGAGGCCAGGCUGGUGGUGGUACCAGUGUGUGAGAGGGAAGUGAGGGAGGCCCUGGUGCGUAGUGGCUACGAGGUGCGGGACCUGCGCACCUACCUCAUGCCCACCCACCAGCGCACAGGUGUGGAUGAUGUCAAAGGUGUCUUCUUUGCCUGGGCUCAAAAGGAGAGAGUGUAAGGGCCCAGACCCCCCAGUGUUAACGCAUUUCAUCCACCCAGACACCCUAUAUGAUGUGGCACUUAAUAGAGACAAAUAUGAUGUGACACCUAAUAAAGAGACAAAUAAAGAGG